UAUAAACUCUUUGAGAUAGACGGUAAAAUAAUACUAAAUUUUGCAGCCCUUCACCGGCAAUGGUGACGUCUCCAUAUGAAUGACAUAUUCUCGAGAGGGACAUUAAACAAUAUUCAAUCAAUCAAUCAAGUAGUGUACCGUGAUUUAACAAUUAAAAAUAAGUGCAUGAUAUCAUAUGUACACAUGCAUACCAUUUUAAAAGAUAUAUGAUGAAAAACAAGGAUAUGUUGUUAAUGUAUGCGUCGAAAUGGGAUCAUGGAAACCACAGCGAACUUUUUGCCGGCAUUUUAAAGAUUACGUCAACAAUAACUUUGACGUAACGUUGUUUUCACAACAUUCGUAGCAACUUUGCAAAUAUGGCAGUUUAUCAUUUAGGAAUUGUAGUUGCAGCGUUACUUGCACUUCAAACAAUUACACAUGUCACUUUUGCCACGACGACGCAUUAUAUGGCCGACACCGACGGAAAUUGUAGACUUCCGAAUGAUGAAAUAACUGGAAUUAGUGCAAAAGUCGUAUCUCAGAAUGGUUCCGCUAACGUGAGUGAUUCAAACUGUACUGCCGAAUGGAGAGCAACAUCAGGUAAUGGUACCAUUUUCAUCGUAUCAUUUCACAAUCAGGACGACUCAUGCGGCGCACGUUUAGACCUGUACGAUGUAUUCAAUUCAAACAACAUGACGACUGUUUGUGGAAACACCAAUGGAACGGAUGAAGUGUUUGUGUUCUACGGGGACGUUAAACUUGAUUACAGAACAAGCAAUACCUACAACGGAUGGGGCUUCACAGCCAUUUUGACAACAUUCACAGAAUCCUUAACUGGAAACUGUUCCGAUUCUGAGUUCCUUUGUGACACUGACAGAUGCGUGAAUAUUAACUUGACAUGUGAUGGAAUCCGAAAUUGUGAAGACAAAGCAGACGAAAGUAAUGCAACUUGUAAUUCGGAGACAACCUCUUCUGCUCCAACUUCCACUGACUCAUCAUCGACUUCUGCAAUAACAACUACUUCCUCCAACAAUACUGACCAAUCAACCACAGAAUCACAGAAUACCACAACCUCCUCAUCUGAUACAACCACCUCAUCUGGUACAACCUCCUCAUCUGAUACAACCACUUCAUCUGGUACAACCACCUCAUCUGGUACAACCUCAUCUGAUACAACCACCUCAUCUGGUACAACCUCCUCAUCUGAUACAACCACCUCAUCUGGUACAACCUCCUCAUCUGAUACAACCACCUCAUCUGGUACAACCUCCUCAUCUGAUACAACCACCUCAUCUGGUACAACCUCCUCAUCUGAUACAACCACCUCAUCUGGUACAACCACCUCAUCAGGUACAACCUCCUCAUCUGAUACAACCACCUCAUCUGGUACAACCUCAUCUGAUACAACCACCUCAUCUGGUACAACCUCCUCAUCUGGUACAACCACUUCAUCUGGUACAACCUCCUCAUCUGAUACAACCACCUCAUCUGAUACAACCACCUCAUCUGAUACAACCACCUCAUCUGGUACAACCUCAUCUGAUUCAACCACCUCAUCUGGUACAACCUCCUCAUCUGAUACAACCACCUCAUCUGGUACAACCUCCUCAUCUGAUACAACCACCUCAUCUGGCACAACCUCCUCAUCUGAUACAACCACCUCAUCCGGUACAACCACCUCAUCCGGUACAACCUCCUCAUCUGACUUGCCAUCCACGACAACUGAUCAAUCAACCACUGCAUCACAGACUAAUACUUCACCAGAGACAACCUCCUCAUCUGACCUAUCAUCCACGCCCUCUGCCACCUCAACUGUUUCUUCCACGAACACUAACCAAUCAACUACGGUAUCACAGACCACUAACACCUCGUCUGAUACAACCUCUUCUUCUAACUCAUCAGGCUCCACUUCUGCCAUCCCAGCUGUUUCCUCCACGAGCGUUCACCAAUCAACCACAGUAUCACAGAGCACUACGACCAACUCGCCCGAUACAACCUCCUCUUCUGACUUAUCAGGUUCCACUUCUGCCAUUCCAAUGGUGUCAUCCACGACAAUUGACCAAUCCACCACGGUAUCACAGAACAUCUCCAACACCACCAGAACACUAACUGUCGGAAUAACGCCGCCCCCAUCUAUCCUAGCAAACACAGGUGUACUGGUGGGCAUCAUCCUAGGAUCAGUAGCUUUCGUCGGAAUCACUGUUGGUAUUAUCGUCUAUUUUGCUGUUUUCAAGAGCAGCAACGUCAUUCAUCCUACAACGGGGUGACCAACUACGUCGAAAGGACUGAAAAGGGCUUCAAUCACACCCACGUGACGGAAAGAUGUCACCCAAACUAGCUAGAAUAUGUUUGAGAAUUUUUAUACGAGUAUGAAAAAUAAAUAUCGAAUGGAAGUU